AUGCCGGGCGUGGGGGCGAUCGGGGCGCGGUGCAGGCACCGGCCGCGCAGGAGCCCCAGGAAAAGCCCCAAGGCGGAGCCGGGCCAGGCCGGGGCCGCCAUGGACGCGGCGAUCUGGAUCUACCAGUUCCGGCUGAUCGUGCUGGGCGACUCCACCGUGGGCAAGUCCUGCCUCUUGCACCGCUUCACCGAGGGCCGCUUCCCGGGGCCGCUGCACUCCGACCCCACCGUGGGGGUGGACUUCUUCUCCCGGCUGGUGGAGAUCGAGCCCGGCAAGAGGGUCAAGCUGCAGCUCUGGGACACGGCGGGGCAGGAGCGGUUCAGGUCAAUAACACGCUCUUAUUAUCGCAAUUCUGUGGGUGGCCUGCUAGUAUUUGACAUCACAAAUCGACGAUCUUUUGAACAUGUGAAGGACUGGCUGGAAGAAGCAAAAAUGCACGUGCAGCCCUUUCAGAUUGUGUUCCUGUUAGUGGGACACAAAUGUGACUUAGUGUCACAGCGCGAGGUUACAAGAGAAGAAGCUGAAAAACUCUCAUCUGACUGUGGUAUGAAAUAUAUAGAAACUUCAGCAAAAGACGCCACAAAUGUUGAAGAGUCUUUUACAAUUCUUACACGAGACAUCUAUGAACUUGUAAAAAAUGGAGAAAUCUCAAUACAAGAUGGAUGGGAAGGUGUCAAAAGCGGCUUUGUUCCAAAUGUUGUACAUUCAUCAGAAGAAGCUGUAAAGCCCAGGAGACAAUGCAUCUGCUGAGUUGUAGCAUGCCAAAGAGCCCAUGGGGUGUUUAGAAGAUGAUGCCAAUCUAAAUGACAGAAAAAUAAUUUUGAAAUCAUAUUAGAUCAUGGCAUAGCUGAAUCAUAGAACAGUAAUUUGGUUUUGUAUCCCUCUGUCUUGGUUAUAAUCCAUAACACUUUAAGUGCUUUUUUUCUUUGCAGAGUACAAUAACUUCAUGUGGUCUUCAUGAAAAAAGUUAUAUAUUGCUAAAGGGAAACUAAUUCUGUAGCAAGACACUGAGAAAGUGCAAUAAUCAUCAGGACCAUAUCCUCGCUUGGGCUUUGUAUUUUGAAUACUGUUUAAAAUCAUAUCUUGUUAGAUGAGGAUCAGAUGCACUCAUUACUUUUGUUCAUCCUGCCUUAGCUUUGGACAAGAAAAUAUUAUACCUUAUACUUUUUUAGUGUGAUUCUUUACUCAAACACAGGGUUGCUAAUGACCAUUAAAGUUUAGGAUGCUGUAGAAUUUGAUAAUAAAGAUAACUGUAAGGAAAGCAAACUGAGAGAUUGCUCCAAUAGGGAACACUUUUGAUAUGACAAUGAAUACAAGCCUUACUAAAGAAGAAGAAUGUUUUAGAAAAGAUGAUUUAUUUGUAUACAAAAAUGGGGAAUAGAAACAAUGGAAUUUACUAUUAAAUAUUUUCUGAAUUGCCAAUGAAACUAAACAUAACAUCACAUAGGAUCCAGCUGUUAUUUGAUUUGUAUACAAAACAGCUUUCCCAACCACUGGAGUUACAUUUCAGUGGCCAGAUCCUCAGCUGGGUAAUUAUCAUUGUCACUCUGAUGCCUAUGGAAUUACGCUAAUUUACACAAACAAAUUCCAUAUUAGCUUUAAAAAAUAAACCUACUUCAAACUAGAAGUAAAAAAAGUUUAAAAGUGCUGCAACCCAUGGGAACCCAGGCCUUAAAUGUGAAUAGAGCUAAGUUUUAUUCUUAGCCAGCAAAUGUUAAACUCUUGUUUAAAACUGUUAAAAAUUUAGGAAAGAGGAAAGAAUUUCUAAAAAAAUGCUCAUCUACAGAGAGCCAAGUUAGAGAACUCCUAAGAAAGAAACCCAUAAUACCUUCUAAUAACAACAGUAGGAGAAAUCUGUGAUCAUGUAGCAUUUGACUGAGCUUGGAGUCAUCUUCCUACUCCUCUGAAUAUAACACACACUAGCUUUAUGCAAACUAGGUCUAGCACGUAAAUACCAAAUAAAUCUAUUUCUAUUUUAUUGUAGUAGUAUAAAAGAUGAGUUGAUCUCCAGAGUUAAUAAGCAUCUACAAUUUAUCUGGCAUACUCAUAACCAUCAAACAUCAAACCAGUUAUCUUCAUAUAAAAGUGUGUUAUUCAUGUACAAUUUUCCUUUUUCAAGAUCAGCUAACAAGUCUAUCUAAUCUAAUUUUCUUCUUCAACAAGCAUAUGAUUGGUUUUCUCUCAGGUUAUUUUUAUGCUCUUUUACAAUCCUUUUUCAAACAUUUUGUAGUAUGAGGCAGGUUGUAUGGUUCCAGUUACUUUAUAUAUUUAGGGGAACUAAAAUCAUUGACUUCAAAAGCUUAAAAGUUUAAGCUUUUCUAAAGCCUGAGUCUUACUUGCACUGAGGCACAGUUACACUAUCAUGGAAGGAUACAGGGGCCUUAAGAUAAACAGGAAUCAGCCUUAAUUCAUUAGCAAAUAGAACAGUUAAUUCUAGUCUCAGCAUGCCACAGAGUAAUUGCUGCGAGCCUGAUUCUCUAUUAAACUACAUAUACUGACACCAAAUCAACUUUGUUUGGAGGGUAUUCUAAGCCCUCUUUACAAAUUAAAUAUGACUACAGAUGCCAAAAGGUAGUGCAGAAUCAGGCUGUGUGCAUUUGACACUGAUUCCCUUAUGAUAAGAGGUGCAUCUCAGAAGAUCUCUUUGUUGUUUAAUUAAUUUAUUUAAUUAAACAAAUCAGUGACUGGGGAUUCAACAGACCCAAAGCCUACCACUGGUUCACUGUGUGUUUCUGAGCAAUGCAUUUGUGGGUUUUGUGCCUCACCUUCUGUAUCCAAAUAUAGAGAUGUUUGUUCUUCCUUAAAUUCACAAACUGCUGAGACCAAAUAAGUCUAUAUGAUUUUCAGUCCUGGACUCUAUCCUCUGUGUGCUACCUGGCUGUGAGUGUUUAGCACCGUGGGAUGUGGAUACUGGUUUCUUCUGACACCCAAAUAACAAUAAUUUUAAAAAAUAAAUGAAAACAUCCUUAUAAGUGCCAGGUAUUGAUGUGAAUUUACAUUUCAUUGCAUAUUUCAUUAUUUUUAAAUUAAAAUCUUGUAUCUUAAAUUUUUCUUCCUGAAUACUCUGGAGCUAGUGAGCUUUACAUUUGGUAUGAAACAAAUGGGUUGUACUGGGGAGAAAAAGGAUUGGGAGAAGAGGGGUAGGAGGGGAGGUAUGCACAGAGAAAUAAACAAUCAGAACAGAGCCUUAAUCUCUGUUGUCAAUGUUGUACCUGUGGUGUCACAUUUGUUACACAGGGAAUAGAGCUUUUAACCAGAUUCAACUGUGUAAGGAACUGGUAUUGGCAAUGCAACUAGAAGAGAAGUUCACUACAUUUUAAAGUACUGUGCACAUAGUUGUCUUAUUUGAAAUUUAUAAAAAUGUAGAUUAACAUGUACUUUAAAACAUUGUCUGUCUUUAUGAUAUAUUAAAACACUACUGUAUCUUCUCACUACACACUUGCAGUUGAUAGAAAUGUCUGACAAACAGAUAAUUUGUCAAAAUCCAUAAUUUUCUUUUCAGAUGCUUAGCAACAUGAUAUGUAAGUAACAGCUUGAAUGAGCUGUAGAAUGGGUUAUAAUUCAGUGCAUGUAUAUUCUUUUUCCCCUCAAGGAAGCAUGAAUAUUGACAACAGAAUUUAAUCCCCAGAAAUUACAGAAAUUAGAUAAAUCUUACUUGGUAGUCAAAAUUAAAAAAUAGAAAGUAUUUUAUAAGAAAACACAAACUUUGCAAAUGAAGAUUUGGUAAAUCCCAGAUAGGAAAUGGAAAAUGCUAGAAAAACUUGACAAAGGUUUUAUUUAGAUUCAUAGCCCUGGCAAAUGAAUGGAUGAAAAGUAUUGUUUUGCACUCCUAAAAUGUUUAAACUUUCAUGGCUUUUAUUUUAAGUUUGAUGAAAAAGAGUAAAUAUCUUCCUCUACUCAUUAAAAUACUUUACACAUGAAAUCUUAA